AUGGCCCUCUACAGCCAGGCCACCCGAAACGUCGACCUGACCAAGACCGAAACAGAGCUCGCCACAAAUAUCAAAAAGGCGACAUCGAUUGAAGAGACCGCGCCUAAGCGAAAGCACGUCCGCGCGUGUAUUGUAUAUACCUGGGAUCACAAAUCGUCACAGAGCUUCUGGAAUGGAAUCAAGGUGCAGCCGAUCCAGGCCGAUGAGGUGCAGACCUUCAAGGCUCUCUAUACUGUUCAUAAGGUGUUGCAGGAGGGACAUCCAAUUGCAUUGAAAGAGGCUCAGCAGCAUGUCGGAUGGCUCGAGGGAUUGUCGAGAGGCAUGGUUGGGGGCAUUGGUGGUGAGGGAUUGAGAGGAUACGCGCCUCUAAUUCAGGAGUAUAUUUUCUACCUGGUGUCCAAAUUGAAGGUGAGCGCAUUACACGGAUUGAGUUUAGGUCAUCUCCAAAAGUCAACACAAAAUCGUGCCCACAGGGCCAGGCAUGGGGCUACAUGCGGUGCAGAAUCAAUGGGGAUGGUUGCUGACCGAAUCUUAGUUCCACCGAGAACAUCCAGAAUUCAACGGCACAUUCGAAUAUGAAGAGUACAUCUCUCUCAAAUCGAUCAACGACCCAAACGAAGGUUAUGAGACCAUUUCGGAGCUCAUGACGCUGCAAGAUCAGAUCGAUAGCUUUCAGAAACUGAUUUUCGCACACUUCCGACAUGGCUCCAACAACGAAUGCCGAAUCAGCGCGCUUGUACCGUUGGUCCAAGAAUCGUACGGCAUUUAUAAGUUCAUCACAAGCAUGCUUCGGGCAAUGCACACGACGCUAGGCGACGACGAGGCGCUUUCGCCAUUGCGAGGCCGGUACGAUGCGCAACAUUACCGACUUGUGCGAUUCUACUACGAAUGCUCGAACCUGCGAUAUCUUACCUCUCUGAUCACGAUCCCAAAGCUACCUCAAGACCCACCGAAUCUGCUGGCUGAGGAUGAGAAUGCGCCAGCCCUUCCCACCAGACCGAAGAAUGAAGUCACGAAACCCCGCGAUACGCCUCCACCACAAGCCUCUACAGACCCCGAGCCGAUCAAUGAAUUUUGGAAGAAUGAGCAGGCACGACAGCAACAGGAGUAUGAGGCGGAGCAGCGGAGACUACAGGCUCAGUGGGAAGAGGCGCAAAGACAACAACAGCUUGCUCAGCAGCAAGCGCAGAGGGAUUUCGAGGAACAGCAGCGACUGCAGGCGGAGCAACAGAGGAUGCAGCUGGAAGCACUGCAGAGGCAGCAAUACCAGGACCAGACACAGGGCCGCAUGGCGGAGCUAGAGCGUGAGAACCUCAAUGCUCGUGCACAGUACGAACGCGAUCAGCUCAUGCUGCAGCAAUAUGACGCCCGCAUGAAGGCUCUGGAGGCCGAGCUUGCCAACUUGAAUCAGAACUUCCUGCAGCAGACCCAAAGUAAAGAUGACCAGAUCCGCGCACUCCAGGAGCAGGUCAACACAUGGCGAACGAAAUACGAAGCGCUCGCCAAGCUGUAUAGUCAACUCCGCCAUGAGCACCUGGAACUCCUGCAGAAGUUUAAGGGUGUACAGCUCAAGGCUGCUUCGGCACAAGAGGCGAUUGACAAGCGGGAGAAGCUUGAACGCGAGCUGAAGACCAAGAAUUUGGAGCUGGCAGACAUGAUCCGAGAACGCGACCGCGCUCUGCACGAGAAAGAUCGCUCUACUGGAGGUCAUCGCGAUGAACUCGAGAAGUUGAAACGAGAGCUACGCAUGGCAUUGGAUAGAGCAGACAACGCAGACCGUGCCAAAGGAAGCGAGCUGUCUGCAAUGCUUUCACGGCACAAUCGAGAAAUCGCGGAUCUCGAGGAGGCGCUGCGAAACAAGACUCGCGCGCUUGAGGAAAUACAGACGAAGCUCGGAGAAGGCAGCUCCGAUCUCGAGCGACGACUGCGAGAGAAGGAGGAAGAGCUUGAGGUCUACAAGCAAGGCAUGGAUGAUGCUCUGCUUGAAGUCAACGAGCUUCGCAACGGCAAUGGCGUCGCCGAUAAUGCCAUGGACGAGCAGAUCGAUGUCAUGCUUCUCGAGAAUAUCAGGAAAAUCAACGCCAUUAUCGACUCCGUGCUCCAGGCUGGUGUACAGCGUGUGGACGACGCGUUGUACGAGCUGGACAGUUCCAUGCAGGCCGGUAACCAGAACGCGAGCGGCCCAUAUGUGCUGUCUCAGAUUGAAAAGGCUCAGAGCACCGCCAUGGAGUUCAGCACUGCCUUCAACAACUUCAUCGCGGAUGGACCAAACAGCACCCACGAGGAAGUCAUUAGGACUGUGCACACCUUCUCCAACGCCAUUGCGGAUGUCUUGUCGAACACCAAGGGUCUCACUCGGUUCGCCAGUGACGACAAGAAGGGUGAUCAGCUCAUUUCUGCUGCUCGUAGGUCGGCCAGCAGUACCGUGGAUUUCUUCCGCGGCAUCGUGUCGUACCGAUUAGAUGGGCUUGAGGACCUGCAGAAGACCGACGUGGUCAUCAACAAGAACAAUGACGUUCAAGUCGCGCUGAACAAUCUCAGCAAGUUGGCGGAUGCAUUCGCGCCCAAUUCCAAGGUGACGUCGAAAUCUGGUGACCUUGGCGAGCUCGUGGACCAGGAGAUGAUGAAUGCCGCAAAGGCCAUCGACGCGGCUACUGAGCGUCUAACGAAGCUGAUGAACAAGCCGAGAGAUCAGUACUCGACUUAUGAGCUGAAGAUUCACGAUUCCAUUUUGGAGGCAGCCAUCGCCGUGACAAACGCCAUUGCGCAGCUCAUCAAGGCUGCGACUGCAUCACAACAAGAAAUCGUCAACCAGGGACGUGGAUCAAGCAUGAGCAAGAGCCAGUUUUACAAGAAGAAUAACCGAUGGACGGAGGGACUUAUCUCUGCAUCCAAGGCGGUGGCUAGCUCUACCAACAUGCUCAUCGAGACUGCCGAUGGAGUCAUCAGCGGGCGUAACUCACCCGAGCAGCUCAUCGUUGCAUCGAACGAUGUCGCUGCUUCGACGGCACAGCUUGUGGCUGCGUCGCGUGUGAAGGCUUCCUUCAUGUCGAAGACACAGGAGAGGCUAGAAGAAUGCAGCAAGGCGGUGACAAAUGCUUGCCGCAGCUUGGUGAGACAGGUGCAGAGCAUCAUCGAGAACCGCAAUCGUGAUGAAGGUGAGGAUGUUGAUUAUAGCAAGUUGAGUGGGCAUGAUUUCAAGGUGCGGCAGAUGGAACAGCAGGUGAGUUUCUUUCUCCAAGACAUUCGCGCCUCAAGUGCGGAUGCCGCGCCAUCGGGAGCUAACUUGGACGCAGGUCGAAAUCUUGCAAUUGGAGAACGCUCUCGGUGCAGCUCGGCACAGACUUGGAGAGAUGAGGAAGCUCUCGUAUCAAGAAGAAGACUAG